GAGUGACUUGCGCUUGUCAACACUGUACUGACAACAGUGCGAAGUUGAAAAUCUGAACAUGCCGCUUAAUAAAAUAAUAAUGCAGCUGAGACCCAUAUCUAAAAUAAGUAUCCAGACACAACGUCAUCACAGUCUUUAUUUAUUUUUGAAAUUGAUUGAGAGCAUGCCAACUAGACGUUUGUCAAAAGCAGUAAUUCAAGAAAUGCAAUGCUCUCAGAAUUUCUGUUCAUAUGCUAAACAUAGAUGGUCAAACAUUCUGCAACAACAUAGGGUCUGGUCAAGACAUUCAUUUAGAGAUUUAAGACUAACUCUAUGCCAAGCUAUGUGAACCCAUUAAUAGAACUACAAAAGUAUGUCAGUAUUCCCAUUAUUCCACCAGAGGAAGCCGUUUUCUCACCAACAGAAGAAGAAGUGUUUCAUGCAACUAAAAUCUUCACUAGCAGCAGAGUAGGUUCAGAAGAGGCAGUUCGAUUUGUUGGGACAUAUAUUAAUGGAGCAGAAAUGCCUGAAAGCUCUCUGCCUGAGGUGGCAUUUUUAGGACGAAGUAAUGUUGGAAAAUCAUCCCUUAUUCGCAGCAUACUUGGUGCACACCCACAAGUCAGAGUCAACAUUUCCAAGAAACCUGGCCACACAAAGGCACUUAAUCUUUACUGCAUUAGACAUCACUUCACUCUUGUGGAUAUGCCAGGCUAUGGCUUUAAUAUGCCUCACAACUUUGAAAAAUCUGUGGAGGCAUACCUCUGCAGCAGUCGCAGAUUGUGCAGAACGUUCCUCCUUGUAGAUGCUGAUGUAGGGCUGACUUGUACAGACAAUAUUGCUUUGGGUAUGAUGAAGGAAGCUGGAAUACCAUUUGUUAUUGUGUUGACAAAGAUUGAUAAAGCAAGCCGACAUAAAGUUCUCAAGAAUCUUUUCGCUGUUGUUGAAGCAUGUAAACAAGAAGGUGGACAUACAUGUUUCUCACAGCCUUUUCUUGUCAGUUCCCAUUCUGGAGAAGGACUAUUACUGCUGGAGACUUUCAUUGCCUACGUCACUGGAUGUAUCGAGAUCAAGGGACAGUAAUUUCCUCAUCAAAGAUCACAGUCUGUUACUAACGAUAAGCUGCAACAGUAUAACAUCAAAAUCUAAACUUGAUGGUAUUGCAUUAAUCUAGUAUGAAACACUAGAAAACUUGUCACAUGAAUUUAUUUUAAAUGUGAAGAAAAGUAAAAAUGGGACACUAAAGCAUGAUAUCUAUCUCAAAAGUUUAUGAAUCUGGAUGUAAAUAAUAAAGCGGGUGCUAACAACCAUCUCUACCAAAACUAAACGGGCCGCUACAUUGUGUCAGUGCUUGCCAAACAACUUUGCAUUAAGACUUGUUCACAGGUGACGUUUGUGCAUUUAAUUUUUGUCUUUAGACAGUCAUUUAUUAUCACAAUAAACUAUAUACUUUCUUGAAUGGAUGACAAAAACUGUGACUAGUGUACUAAUAAAGGGAAGGACAUGAAUCUUCAUUGAAUGUGAUUUAUUUAUACAGUAAGGAAAUUUUUUUAAAGAAUAAAACCAUUUUAUGAAAAUACUUUGGGAACAGCCAUCAAUAAAGAAUGGUGUUUGUCAAUAUUUGAUGUCAAUUUUUCUUUUCAACAUAACAUUAAUGCAAGAUAGCAGCUAAUUUUUUUCAUUUCUGUGAUGAAUCUAUGAUUUCCAGAAAAGAGGUCCCAGCAUCCCCUUACAGAAAAAUUGUAGUCCCUCUUUGACAAGAUUUAAAAUGCUAAAAACAAUCCUGCUUGCAUUGUUUCCAUGAGCUAGAAGCUUACUACAUUAUACUGCUUCUUUACAAUGGUUGCCAUCCACUUAAACUUGAGCAUGUCUUCCACCUUGACUGCUUAUCCAUGAAAUUCUUGAACAACUUGUAUAUGAGACUUUGGAACUGCCCUACAAAAGACUUUGUCAUCCUCUUCUUGUUCCUUGCCUAGUUCAGGAACCUGUUGAUGAACCAUUGUGGCUAUGCACACUACAACAUGCUGUAGCAAACUUCAUUUAGAUGAUGGCCACUUCCUUGCUCACCUUUUCACCUUUUUAAAAUAGUACCGUAACAACUUUAUUUCCCUGCCAUUUGAGUGCUGAAAUUGUGAUGUAGAUACUUGCUAUUAUGUGUGCACAUGUUUAUUCACAUAUUUGGUUUUGUAUGUGCAAGGCAGAUGUGUUUCUGCAUAGCAGAAAUGUAUUUAAGUGUUGUGUGUUUUUGUGCGAGUAUGAGUAAUGAGCUGUCUCUUGAUGUAUGCAUGUGAUGUCUAUGAAAUUUUUAUUUUGUGAGUUUUUCUUUUAAAGCACAAAAAUCUA